CAGCCGAUUUACUUUGUUUUGACAAAUACUCUGUGUGACUUUUAAUGUUAUUGUAUUUAUCUGUAUUUCGUAAAGUCGGGAAAUAUGCUAGGUAACCAAGAGCUACAGGGAGACAUGCAAGAUAAAGUGAGUUGUCACCUUGAACCAGACCAAGAGGUGGCUGCAGUGUUAGGAACAGACCCCAAUGUUUCCCAGUCUGGCCCAACUAGCUCAGCCAGGCGAAGCUCAAGGUCUUCCUCGACAAAGGAGUUGACAACUGGGAUAAAGAUGUUGGAUCAUGACAUUCAAGAAUCUCUUAGCACUGGUGAUGCAGCAGCACAGUACCCCUCUCUGCAUUUCUUGGCAGCUCAGGGUGAAAUUGCAAAAAUAAAAGAAGAGAUUGACAAAGGAACAGAUGUAAAUGCUGUAGAUAAAACAGGCCUAACACCUCUGGCUUGGGCAGCAGCCCACAGACAGAAAGCGACCAUAUCUGUGCUGCUUAAAAGUGGUGCAGAUGCCACAGCAUGCAGUCCAACUGGAGAGACGGCACUCUCAUUUGCUGCCUGUCAGGGCCAACUGGAUGUUGUUGAGCAGCUUUUAGAAUCUAGAGCUGAUCCAGAUGUUGCAAAUGUGGAAGGGGGUACACCUCUCAUGUAUGCAGCGUAUAAUGGGUAUCCACAGGUUGUUAAACUUCUACUUGAACAUGGAGCAGACUUAACAGCUACAAACAAUGAAGGUCACACCGCUUUGAGCCUGGCUCUAGGAGUAGGAAACAAAAAUGUCCAGCGUGUCAUCGAAGACUAUCUUCGCUCCAUCCUGGAAAACCGAACUUCCUCGUCUUGCGAUGGAGAAGUUCAAAAGUAACUCUUCUUGUAAGGUCACGGUAACGCAAUAUUGAACACGGGAAAAGGAACUUGCGGAAAAAUAAUGUUCAUCUUACCUACUUCACCUGCCAUGUUCGUCUUGAACCGGCCCGUCAGACGAACAAGGACAGCGCGCGCAUGAGUGUGAGUUUGCCGACAGGCGUCGAGACACGCAAGGUAUCAUGGAAGUAUUGCGAAGAAAUGUUUUUUAAAACAAACUUUCCAGUGAGCGAGGCAUACCUAAAUAAAAAGGUGUUGAUAAACGGAGAAGCAGUUAGCUACUGGAGAGUUCUGGAAGAAGAAUAUUCAGCCUCCACACGAGAUCAUAAUUUUUCUUGGCCGCCACGCUUGUGAUUACCAGGCGGAAAAACUGACAUCCUUGAAGUGUACU